AUGCAUCAUUGUCGAACCCCUCUGUUUUACUAUCGUUUUCUCUACUGUUUGUUUACUCUCUUCGUAGUGAUGAGUGUCCCGACGUGCAUAACAGGUGACACCAUUUGUGGGUCUGCGGGCCCCUCAAAACUCGAUUACGUUGAAGAUCAUGUUUUCCUCCGAGGAUACAACACUUACGAAGGCAACAACCCGAACGGUGCAGCUGCAGCACAAGAGGGUGGUGGAGAAAUUAUUGCCUCAAUCAAUGGGAUGGUUGAAGUAACAGACAGAGUUGUCUCAGUUAAAGGUAUGUCUUCCCGGUACGUCGCAGAGGUUGGUGAUAUUGUGGUCGGGCGCGUUAAGGAAGUAUGUGGUAACCGAUGGCGUGUUGAUGUUGGGGCCUUUCAGGAUGCAGUGAUGCCUUUGGCUAAUGUCACUGAACCCGGUGGCAUCCUGAGGAGGAGGGGCCGAAGUGAUGAACUUACUAUGAGGAACAUAUUUGACGAAGGGGAGUUGGUCGUUGCCGAGGUGCAGCGCGUUUCUCAAGAUGGCCUGAUAUCCUUACACACCCGAUCAGGAGAGAAGUAUGGGAAGCUAUCCGACUUUGGUUUACUGGUACUAAUUUCACCAGCUCUUGUUAAACGUGUCAAGCACCACUUUAUGUGUUUGGAGUUCAUACACGUAAAUCUGGUUCUUGGCACAAAUGGUGCUAUAUGGGUCAGUCCAGCAACAGCAACUACCGCUACCGAGUCGGCCAAAUCUGCAUACGAUAGGUUUGACGCAGACAUUAGGCGCGCUGUUACACGUGUUGCAAACUGCAUCCGGGUAAUGGGGAAUGCUCGUUUCCCGGUGUUUGAUAAGUCUAUCGAAGCAGCGGUCAAGGCGUCUAUUGAUUUUGUUCUAGGCCCAUUCGAAAUUUUAUAUCCCGGAAAUCAGAAUUUGAUAACGACCACGGUGCUGGACACUAUAAACACCCGUAAGCGUACAAUUUAUUGA